AUGCCGAGCGCGGCGGAACCGGCGGCGCCGUCAGAGAACGCGGACCUGGAACCCGGCGUGGACCCGCGACUGCGACUCCUGGGGGCCUGCGUGGCCCGGAGCCUGCGGCCGGCUGCCGGGGCCUGGGAGCGCUGCGCGGGCACGGCCGAGGCGGAGCAGCUGCUCCACGCCUUCCUGGGCCGCGAUGCUGCCGAGGGGCCGCGGCCGCUGCUUUGGUGCGGCCCGGGCCCCGGGGGCCUGGCGCUGUGUCCGGGGCUGGACGCGGGACCCGAGUCCGGCCCUUCCUCGCGCCAAGGGGCUUCUUUUUUCCUGCGCACCAGGCCCGAGCCGCCGGGGCCCACAGCCUUCCGCGGCGCAGUGCUUUGCGGGGACCUGCCCGCCGUCGUGAUCCCCAUCUUGGUCAAUGGGAAGAACCACCUGGACUGGCCCCCUGUGGUAUGUCAAGAUGUCCAGCGGCGCGCCCACAGCCUCCAGUGUGACCUCAUGGUUCUCCUUGAGCAAGUGAGGGGGAAAACUUUGCUGCCUCUUCCCGUAGGCUCAGAAAACAUGGAUUUUGUGGAUUCUGAGAGUGAGACCGUCUUGGAUUCCAUGGAUAAGUCCGUCAUCUAUGCCAUUGAGUCUGCAGUGAUCCAGUGGAGUCGCCAGGUGCAGGCGGUCCUCAACAAGGAGUCUUCCCAGCCACUCUUCCAAGGAGAAAACCCCACGCCCUGGGUGGAGUUGGAGUUCUGGAAGAGCAGGUCUGAGGACCUGGAAUACAUUUAUGAUCAACUAAGAACGAUAAAGGUGAGGGGCAUGGCGGGGCUCCUGGACAAGCUUCAGAGCAGCUACUUCCCAGCCUUCCAAGCCAUGUGCAGAGAUGUCGCAGCAGCUCUGAUGGAGGCGAAGGACAUCCACACGCACCUGAUGCCGCUCCACCGCCACCUGGAAGCCCUCGAGGCCUUGGAGUUCCCAGAGGUGAAGCCACAGCUGCGGCCUCUACUCCAUGUGGUCUGUCUGAUUUGGGCCACAUGCAAGUCCUACUGCUCCCCGGGGCGGCUCACUGUGCUGCUCCAGGAGAUCUGCAACCUUCUCAUCCAGCAGGCCUCCGAUUAUCUCAGCCCAGAAGACCUCCUGAAAAGUGAGGUGGAAGAAAGUCAGCGAAAACUGCAAGUGGUCGUGGACACCUUGAACUUCUUCAAGCAGGUGUUUCAGGACAGAAGGGAGGCUCUCCACACUUACUUCAAGGAGAGCCAGGAAGUCAGGGCGUGGGAUUUCCAGUCUUCUUUGGUGUUUGUGCGAUUGGACGGCUUCCUGAGGCGCCUGCUCAUGGUGCAGGACCUUCUGAAGACGACCUUGGACUUUCACAACCUGCAGAAGCUCGAGUUCAGUGGCAUCAGAGGCAACGCCCUGAGUCAGCAGGUCCAGCAAAUGGACCACGAAUUUCAGGAGAUGUGCAGGGUCUUCUCAGAGUCCUGCCACGACUGCCUGGACCCCCAAGGCAUGGAAUUUGAGAAUGAUGUCUCUAAAUUUAACCAGAGAGUAGAAGAUCUUGACCGAAGACUGGGGACUAUCUUUAUUCAAGCCUUUGAUGACGCACCUGAUUUGGAGCACGCCUUUAAGCUGCUAGACAUAGCAGGCAACCUCCUCGAAAGACCACUGGUAGCACGAGAUGCAUCUGAUAAGUACCUGGUGCUUCUCCAGAUGUUUAACAAAGAAUUGGAUACAGUGAGGACAAUCUACAGUCAGCGUGUCCAGGAGGAGGCAGAACUUGGCUUCUCCCCGGUGCACAAGAACAUGCCCUCGGUGGCCGGGGGUCUUCGCUGGGCCCAGGAGCUGAGGCAGCGCAUCCAGGGUCCCUUCGCCAACUUCGGGCGCAUCACACAUCCUUGCAUGGAAUCUGCCGAAGGAAAGCGGAUGAUACAAAAGUAUGAAGAUGUGCUGUCGUUGCUGGAAAAGUACCAGGCAAGACUCUAUGAGGACUGGUGCCAGACGGUGUCGAAGCAGUCACAGUACAACCUCUCCCGGCCACUUCUGACACGAGACCCAGCGACUAAGCAGAUUACCGUCAACUUUAACCCACAGCUGGUGUCUGUGCUCAAAGAGAUGAGCUACCUUCAGCCCCGGCAGCUGAAGCACAUCCCGGAGACCGCAGCAGCCAUGUUCUCCUCCAGGGAGUUCUAUCGGCAGCUUGUGGCUAACCUGGAGCUGAUGGCAAAUUGGUACAACAAGGUUAUGAAAACACUGCUGGAGGUGGAAUUCCCAUUAGUGGCGGAAGAGCUGCGGAACAUCGAUCUCCACCUGCGAGCUGCGGAGGAGGCUCUGAACUGGAAAAGCGAAGGCAUUUGGGAUUAUGUCAUUCAAAUCACCAGUAGCAUUCGUGACCUUGAGAAAAGAAUUCAGAAAACCAAAGACAACGUGGAAGAGAUUCAGAGCAUCAUGAAAACAUGGGCGUCUCCAAUAUUUAAGAGAAAGGAUGGGAAAAGGGAGAGCCUGCUUUCUGUGGAGGAGCAGCAUGAUCGGAUGGAAAAAUAUUACAGCUGCAUCAGAGAGUCUGGCCUGAAGAUUCACGCUCUGGUUCAGGAAAACUUGGAUCUUUUCUCAGCAGACCCCACCUCCGAUAUCUGGAAGACUUACGUUGACUACAUUGAUGAUAUGUUGCUGGAUGGAUUCUUUCUUGCCAUUGAGUGCUCCCUCAAGUACCUCCUGGAAAACACUGAAUGUAAGGCAGGACUCAACCCAAUAUUUGAAGUACAGCUGUGCUUGGCAGUCCCAGAACUGGUUUUCUCCCCAUCCCUGGAGUCUGGAGUGAAGGGUGGCUUCUAUGACAUGGUUGAGGGGCUUGUCACCAGCAUUUUUAGAAUAUCGUCUUUGGUGCCACGGCUUUCCCCACAGAACAGCUCUCCCCACUAUCAGGCUGACAUGGAGGGCCUGGCCGACUUGGCGAGGAUGCGGAGCGUGCUCAUGGAGAGAGCGCGGAGCAUGAUGGCCCUGUGCUGCAGCUACCGAGACACCUUCAGCCAGUAUUCCUACCUGUACGUGGAGGACCGGAGGGAGAUCCUGGGUCAGUUUCUGCUGUAUGGGCACAUCCCCACACCCGAGGAGAUCGAGGCCCACGAAGAAGACGGCAUCCCGGAGAACCCACCCCUCCUGCAUCAGUUCCAAGCCCAGAUCGACUCCUACGAGCAGCUCUAUGGAGAGGUGUGCAGGCUGGAGCCCGUCAAGGUGUUUGACAGCUGGAUGAAGAUCGACGUGCGGCCCUUCAAAGCGUCUCUGCUGAACAUAAUUAAGAGGUGGAGCCUCAUGUUCAAGCAGCAUCUUGUUGACUAUGUCACUAACAGCUUGGCAGACCUUGACGUGUUUAUAAAAAAUAGUGAGGGCAGCUUGCUCAAGAAAGUCGAAAAAGGAGAUUCCAACGGACUGGUCGAGAUUAUGCAACACCUUAUGGCUCUUAAAGAAAGGCAGAGCAGCACUGAUGAGAUGUUUGAGCCCUUAAAGCAAACCAUUGAAUUGCUGAAGACCUAUGAGCAAGAGUUGCCGGAAACGGUGUUUAAGCUGCUGGAGGAGCUGCCUGAGAAGUGGAACAACAUAAAAAAGUUGGCCAUCACUGUGCGGCAGCACGUGGCCCCCCUGCAGGCCAGCGAGGUGGCCCUUCUCCGGCAGAGGUGCACCGCCUUCGAGGCUGAGCAGCAGCAGUUCUGGGAGCGAUUCCACAGAGAGGCGCCCUUCAGGUUUGAUAGCACCGACCCUCAUCAAAGCCUGGAUGCCAGGCACAUGGAGCUCCAGGAGAUGGAAUCCGCCAUGGCCUCCAUUUCCGAUUCUGCCAGCUUGUUUGAGGUCAACGUUCCUGACUACAGGCAGCUGAGGCAGUGCCGGAGGGAGAUCUGCCAGCUGAAGGAGCUCUGGGACACCGUUGGCAUGGUGACCUCCAACAUCCAUGCCUGGGAGGCCACCCCAUGGAAGAGCAUCAACGUGGAGGCUAUGGACUUGGAGUGCAAAAGGUUUGCCAGGUACCUGCGGAACCUCGACAAGGAGGUCAGGGCCUGGGAUGCAUUCACAGGCCUGGAAAGCAUGGUGUUGAACACACUGACCUCCCUGAGGGCAGUGGCUGAGCUGCAGAACCCGGCCAUCCGGGAGCGGCACUGGAGGCAGCUGAUGCAGGCCACGGGCGUGAGCUUCACCAUGGGCGAGGGCACCACCCUGGCACAGCUUCUGCAGCUCCAGUUGCACCGCUUUGAGGAUGAGGUCCAGGGCAUCGUGGACAGAGCUGUGAAGGAGAUGGGUAUGGAGAAGACCUUAAAGGAGCUGCAGGCCACGUGGGCCGGCAUGGAAUUCCAAUACGAGCUCCACCUGCGGACCAGCGUCCCUCUGCUGCGUUCAGAUGAGGACCUCAUCGAGGUUUUGGAGGAUAACCAAGUCCAACUUCAGAACCUGAUGAUGUCCAAGUACAUAGCCUUUUUCCUGGAGGAAGUGUCGGGCUGGCAGAAGAAGCUGUCCACGGCGGACGCUGUCAUCUCCGCGUGGUUUGAUGUGCAGCGGACAUGGUCCCACCUGGAAAGUAUAUUCAUUGGCUCUGAAGACAUCCGGGCUCAGCUGCCCCAGGAUUCUGAAAGAUUUGAGGGCAUUGACAUGGACUUUAAAGAGCUCGCUUAUGAUGCUCAGAAAACUCCAAAUGUAGUGGAAGCCACCAACAAGCCAGGGCUUUAUGAGAGGCUGGAGGACAUUCAGAGCAGAUUGUACCUGUGUGAGAAGGCCCUGGCGGAGUACCUGGACACCAAAAGGCUGGCCUUCCCCAGGUUUUACUUCCUCUCCUCUUCUGAUCUGUUAGAUAUCCUUUCCAACGGCACAGCCCCGCAGCAGGUUCAACGCCACCUUUCCAAACUCUUUGACAAUAUGGCCAGGAUGCAGUUCCAGCUGGACGCCAGUGAGCAGCCAACCAAGAUAAGUCUCGGCAUGUACAGCAAGGAGGAGGAGUACGUGGCCUUCAGCGAGCCCUGCAGCUGCAGUGGGCAGGUGGAAACAUGGUUGGACCACGUGCUUGCUCACAUGAAGGCCACCGUGAGGCAUGAGAUGACCGACGGUGUGACUGCCUAUGAGGAAAAGCCCAGGGAGCAGUGGCUCUUUGACUAUCCAGCUCAGGUGGCCCUGACCUGCACCCAGAUCUGGUGGACCACAGAGGUGGGCAUGGCAUUUGCCAGAUUGGAGGAAGGCUAUGAGAGUGCCAUGAAAGACUAUUACAAGAAGCAAGUGGCCCAGCUCAAAGCCCUCAUCACCAUGCUGAUUGGCCAGCUCUCCAAGGGGGACCGGCAGAAGGUCAUGACCAUAUGCACCAUCGAUGUGCACGCCCGGGACGUGGUGGCCAAGAUGAUUGCUCAGAAGGUGGACAGUGCCCAGGCCUUUCUCUGGCUGUCCCAGCUGCGGCAUCGUUGGGAUGACGAGGCCAAACACUGCUUUGCCAACAUCUGUGAUGCCCAGUUUCUAUAUUCCUAUGAGUACCUGGGAAAUACACCUCGCCUUGUGAUCACACCUUUGACAGACAGGUGCUACAUCACCCUCACCCAGUCUCUGCACCUGACCAUGAGUGGGGCUCCAGCGGGACCUGCAGGCACAGGCAAGACAGAGACCACCAAGGACCUGGGCCGCGCGCUGGGCAUCAUGGUCUACGUGUUUAACUGCUCAGAGCAAAUGGACUACAAGUCUUGCGGCAACAUCUACAAGGGCCUUGCUCAAACCGGUGCCUGGGGCUGUUUUGAUGAAUUUAAUCGAAUCUCCGUGGAGGUCCUGUCGGUGGUGGCAGUACAG